GUGGUGUCGUCUUAAACGGAUGUGUGCGUACCGGUAGAGCUUGAAAGUUUCUUAAUUAACCUUUAUAUUUACAGAGUGAAAGUUUAGUGUAAAUAGACGCAUAUUCAGAUGGCAGAUAGAUUAGAAGCCGGAAUUGAAAACAUUUUAUCUGGACUUGCUGUUGAAGAUGAAUCAACUACUGUUUUAGAUUACACUCUUGCGGAUCAGACCCAGGACUUAGUGUUAAGGGGCUUGGAUGCACCUUCUUUUGCAGAUUAUAAACCUGUUUUAAGAGAGACUGUAUCAUAUAUUGUGGCAUCAGUUCUAAUUAACAGUAAUAAUGAGGUUCUUAUGAUGCAAGAAGCAAAAAGUUCCUGUGCUGGUACGUGGUAUAUACCAGCUGGUAGAGUGGAGCCAGGGGAAAAUCUUAUAGAAGCUGCGAAGAGAGAAGUUCUUGAGGAAACUGGACUACAGUUUGAACCUACUACUUUGCUUAUGGUAGAAUGUGCUCAAGGCCACUGGUUUAGGUUUGUUUUCACUGGCAAUGUAACAGGGGGCCUUCUAAAAACAGUAGCAAGGGCUGAUGCAGAAUCACUGCAAGCAAGCUGGAUUGAUGAUUUAAACCAGUUAAGUUUGCGUGGCGAAGACAUUCUACCUCUUAUAGAAAGAACAAAAGAGUUUCAUGCUGCAAAGCCAGAAGCAUGGCACCGUCCAUUAUUACCAGCAGUACAUCCUCAUAAACACCUCAUCAUCAGACUUAUUGUUGUAAUCAGGAAAAAGUCUAAUAAUAGGAUUCAUGUCUUAAUAUCAGAAAAGGGUGGUGUUCAUUUUCCAACAUGCGAAAUUAAUCCAUGUAAAAGUAUUCAUUCUACAAUGCAAAAAUACAUUCAGAUCCUGUUUGGAGCAAAGCCACCUCCUCACAAGCCUCAUGGUAUUUUAUCUGUUGAACACUGUGCAGGUGUAUCUGCAGAGCAUGAUGGUCUAUGCAUGACUAUCCUCAUAUCUUGUAAAUCAGCACUGGAAGAUGUAGCUGUAUCUUCUAACUAUGCCUGGCUUGAGAUUCGAAAAGAUCUUGGAGAGCGUUUGGUUGAAAGAGUUAAAAAAAAUAAAUGUGUGUACCUAAAUGUACUUCGAUGAAGAAAUUAUUCAUUUGAACUCUUAAAACAUUGACUGUUUUGUAAAAAAAUUAACUGAGUAUUUUAAUCAAUUGUAUAGAAUUCUUAUAUUUUGUUUACAUGUGAUCAGUAUUGAAAUAUGUACAUCUUUUAAUUAUUUUGUGUUAUUUUUUUAAUGGAUGGAAUAUUUUAUUUGUCUCCCAAAUAUAAUAUAAGAAUUAUUUUUAUUUAUUGGAGUCUCAGCUCUUGCUCUAUUUCAUAUUUUUAAACUGGUUGAAGUGUAUUAUUAUUUCCUAGAAUGCACUUUGUUGCUUAUAUUUGUUACUUAAUUUUAUUUACUCUUUUGCAUUUACUUAAUGCAAAUAAUGCUUAGUUCAACUUAUUCUUUUAAAUUUUAAUUUUUAACGAAAAAAUAAAAUUACAGUACAAAGCCUGAAAUCCAGAAUUUUCAAGACUUUGGAAAUUUCAGAUAUUAGAUCAACCAGUUUAAAUCUAGCAAGAUGACAUGUAGAUACAGUAAUACUGGGAAUUAUUCUUUAUGACAAAGAGAAAAGUGCUAACUCCCCCCCCCCCCCCCAAUGUCUAGAGCAGGUGCAAUUGCUGCAAAUUCAACCGGCUGUCAAAAUUAGGAUAGGGAAAAUUUUUAGAAUUUAGAACGGGUACCGAGCAGUAGAAUUUAAAGACAGCAACAUUUUUAGAAUUAGAGAUAAAGGUUAGCAGUAUUUAGCACGUGUAGAGAUUGCACCUGUGAAAUUCCAUAGUGCGGACCUGCUUCCCUUCAUAACCAAAAGUGUGAUUCUAACCAACAUCAGUACAGUCAGAGUUCUUUGAUACAGUUUCAAUCAAUGCAUUG